AUGGGUAAAGCACAAAGUAAACUUAGCCCAGAGCAGCUCACCGAUCUUCAAAAGUGUACCUAUUUCGAAAAAAAGGAACUGCAACAAUGGUACAAGGGAUUUUUGAAGGAUUGCCCCUCUGGUCAAUUGGAUAAAACCGAAUUUCAAAAAAUAUACAAACAAUUCUUUCCAUUUGGUGAUCCCUCUCGAUUUGCAGAUUAUGUCUUCAACGUGUUUGAUGGCGAUAAAAAUGGGAUGAUUGAUUUCAAGGAAUUCAUUGUGGCAUUAUCAGUAACAAGUAGAGGUCGAGUUGACGAGAAACUAUACUGGGCUUUUCAACUGUACGAUAUCGAUAAUGACGGAUACAUUACUCGCGAGGAAAUGUUGCAUAUAGUGGAUGCCAUCUACAAGAUGGUAGGAAGUAUGGUCAAAUUACCACCAGAUGAAGAUACACCCGAGAAACGUGUCAACAAGAUUUUUGAUUUAAUGGACAAUGACAAGGAUGGUAGACUGUCAAUGGACGAGUUCAAAGAAGGAUCAAAAAAGGAUCCAACAAUUUUGCAAGCUCUAAAUCUAUAUGAUGGCAUGGUUUAG